AUGGAUAAAGAAACUUCAAAAUCUACCCACGAAACGAGAAUCAGCGUGGAAGAGAUGCAAGCGACCUUAGCAAAGACGCUCAAGUGUCUUGCUGAAGAGAUUCAAGAGGAAACCACCAAACUUCAAACCCUUCAGCAAGAGGUGGAGAAAAACACCCAAGAGUUUCAGCGAUUGUUCCAGUCCUUUCUGACCCUAAUGAGGCGGGAGCAAAAGGAAGCGAUUGGACUCUUACAAAUAGGGACAUUCCUUGAAUAUUUUGACCUUAUGAUCUAUGUGCAUAUGGCAGUUAUUUUGAACGAGUUAUUCUUUCCACCCACUGACCCUAAAACCGCAGCAGUUCUCACAGCUUUUGCCUUUUGUUCAACAUAUUUUUUGAGACCGUUUGGUGCCUUAAUCUUUGGUUAUAUUGGGGACAAUUUUGGUCGAAGGCCAACGGUGAUUAUUACAACAACCAUUAUGGCCUGUUGUUGUAUGAUGAUGGCCAAUCUUCCGACCUAUGCGGAGAUUGGUAUUACAGCGGCUAUAACUGUAUCUGUCUUGAGAAUUAUGCAGGGUAUGUCUUCUAUGGGAGAAAUUAUGGGAGCUAAAAUAUAUAUCACGGAAAUUGUUAAACCUCCCCUUCAGUACCCGAUGGUAGAAUCCAUCACAUUAGUGUCCACAUUAGGAGCUGUUGCAGCUCUCGGGGUAGCAAUGCUAUCGACACAAAUAAUGUUCAAUUGGAGAUUAGUCUUUUGGUUUGGAGUUAUUAUUGCGCUUGUUGGCCUAUUUGCGCGCACUAAACUUCGAGAAACACCAGAAUAUGCCGACGCAAAAAUAAAGAUGAGAAGAGCAAUAGAAAGCACGAGGGAAGCAGGACUUGAAAAACCUGCUGAGUUGCUGAUGAGCCUGAGGAAGAUUCCAACAGAGAAAACAAAAAAGG